AUGGGUAUUAUUGCUGCUCUGCGGAGUAUUUCUCUGCGUGGCUGUACCGCUGGUCUUAUGGUUACGGCCAGCCACAAUCCUGAGGAAGACAAUGGCAUUAAGAUGGUUGAUGCGUGUGGCGACAUGCUUGCAUCCGACUGGGAACCCAUAUGUACUCGCAUUGCCAAUGCGGACUCAUACGACCAACUCUUGAAUGAAAUUCUCACACUGAUCCAGUCCUUGCGUCUGGACAUGAGUGCAAAUCGACGUGUUAUUUAUGCCUACGACACGCGUCCUUCGAGCCCUGCACUUGUACGUGCUGUGGAAGAUGGCUUGCAAGUAAUGGGUGCCGAGGCAAUCAACGCUGGUUUGUUGACGACACCUCAGCUUCAUUUUUUGGUGAUGGCAAGAAAUUCACAUGAAAUGUGGAUCAAGUACGGUCAUCCUGACAAAAGGUCCUACUACCAAAAACUGUCCAAAUCGUUUGUCGCUCUUAUGCAAAAUCAAAACACACCUAUGUCUCUUGUUGUCGACUGUGCCAAUGGGGUUGGGGCCCUGGCGCUCCAAGAACUCUUGGAUCAGUUGCCCUCUGGGCUUGUAGAUAUCAAAAUGCUCCGCACGUCCGUGCAUGAACAAGGCAAGCUGAAUAAUGGAUGCGGCGCCGACUAUGUCAAGUCGAAUCAGCGCUUGCCGAUUGGCUAUGACGGUGAAGCAGAUGUGAAGCCUGGAACACUAUUAUGCUCUUUCGACGGCGAUGCAGACCGCAUUGUAUUUUAUUACUUGACGGGUCCAGCUCACGACCCUGCCAGCUUCCACCUCCUCGACGGUGACAAGAUCGCGAGUCUUGCGACAGACUACAUCUCGGAGCUCGUGAAACAAGCAAACCUCGACAUCAAGGUCGGCUGUGUGCAGACUGCAUAUGCAAAUGGUGCAUCGACCGCAUACUUGAAGGAACGUGCUCCUGUCACUUGUACCAAGACGGGCGUCAAGCAUUUGCAUCGAGCGGCUGAAGAAUAUGACAUUGGCGUGUACUUCGAAGCGAAUGGCCACGGCACUGUUCUGUUUUCUCCCAGCGUCAUGGUUGCUAUGGACUUGGCAAGCAUGAAGGGAGAGGCACUAUCCAUCGAAGCUGUGAAUCGACUGCGUUUGCUUGCAAAGCUAAUCAACCAAACGGUCGGCGAUGCGCUCUCAGAUCUGCUUAUGGUGCUUGCAAUUCUUUCGACCCGCCAGUGGGAUGCGCCCAAAUGGGACUCAUGCUACACAGAUCUGCCCAAUCGCCUGACGAAAGUGUCCGUUCCUGACCGCACCAUGUUCCGCACGACAGAUGCUGAGCGCCGACUUGAGACGCCUUUACACAUGCAGGACAAGAUCGAUGAACUUGUUGGUAAAAUACCCAUGGGCCGUUCGUUCGUGCGUCCCAGCGGCACAGAAGACUGUGUACGUGUGUAUGCAGAAGCAGCCACGACUCAUGAUGCAGAGCGACUCGUGCAUGCUGUGGAGGAACUUGUCCGUACAGCAUGA